AUGAUUGAUAUAAUACUAAAAAUGUUCUUAGGGAAAUAUUUCGAAUCUUCUGACAACAAUUUUAUUAGUGUGAAUAUGGAGUCGGGAAUAGAAAUUAGGAACAUUAUAAUUAAAAACGACGAAAUUAAUAACUUCUUAAAAAGUAAGAAUAUAGACAUAGAAAUAGUAUAUUUAAAAAUAGAAAAGAUUAACAUAAGCUUUGUAACUCUAUCUGGCAUUUUAACACUAAAAAUACAAGGUGUAGAUUUAAGGGUUAAGCCAAACAUACAUAAAAAUACCUCUAAACAAAUUAAAAGUAAAUUGACAAGUCUUUUGAAAAAUAAAGAAAAAGAUUGUACAGGAAUAUAUUUAUCUUACCAUAUGGACAAUUCUUGCCAAAACAAUAAGAUAUCUACAAAAGAGAUUUUAUGUUGCUGCUGUGAGAAAUACAAAAACGAGGAUGGUAGCAUAUGCUCUUACAACAAUUAUAAUAACAUGAAAACUUAUAUAUGUAAAGAAUGCUCUUUAUUAAAAAAUAAAAAUGAAAAAAAUAAUUUAUUUUUUGAAGAAAAAAAAAACAUCACUAAUAUAAACAAAUAUAAAAUAUUUAUGAACGAAGAAAAAAAUGUGUCAUAUGAUUAUAAUAAACAAGAUAUGACUAAUAUGAAUAUUUUCAAAAGUUAUAAUAAAGAAAAACAAGAUUUUCCCAAUUUUGAUAAUAAUAUAAAUUAUUAUUUUUAUAAUAAAGAAAAUAAAGAAAGCAUAAACAACACAACAACAAAUAUAAAAAGUAUAAGAAAUAAUAUUAAUAAUGAUAAUAAAAACAAUGAACAUUUUAAAGAAAGCAAAAAUAAUAAUUCCAUUUCUAUGAAUAAUAUAAAUAAAUUAUAUACAAAUAAUUAUUAUAAUUACAAUAAUAAUAUAUCUUCAGUUAUUAGCAUAAUAUCAGAUACUCAAAAUUAUGAAAAACAUAACUCUUUGUUAUCAUUAAAUAAAAGUAAUCAUUUAAAUAAUUGUGAUUUACAAUAUAAUAAUUCUCUUUCCAAAAAUGUAAACUGUAAAUAUAAAUUAAAUCAGUAUGAGAACAAUUUUAAUGAAGAGAAAAAUAAAUUAAAUGUGGGAAAUAAAAAAAGUGAUAUUGAGAUAUACAAUGUUGAAAAAAAAAAUGAAUUACCAUUUAAUCCUGAGCAAAAUAAAAUAAAAUACAAUUGUUAUAAUAAUUCAAAAAAUAUUUUAUUAUCAAAUGAUAAUUCUUAUGUAUGUUUGAAUAAUAUAUUUAAACAAUCGAAACCUUUAAAAAAAAAAAAAAUUAACAAUUAUUUAUGUUCCUAUGGAAAUAAAAAAUUAAAUGAUCCACCUGAUAAAUUACAUGAAGGGUCUAUGGAAAAUAAUUUCAUUCCUUUAAAAGGAAACAUUUUGUUUGAUAAUAUAAAUGUGCAAAGUAAAUAUGAUAACGUCGAUAGUGAUCAUAGUAAUUUAUUAUACACUUAUAAUAAUGUGUAUCAUGAUAGGGAAAUUAAAAUAAAUGUGGAUGAUGUAUUUGAAAAAACGAAAGAAUAA